AUGUACGACCUCAACAUCUCGUGGUCGGCUUCGGCUACGCCCCGAGACCUCGAGUGCAUGCUCGCCUACUCCUCCCAGCUCGGCUACAAAACCGUCGCGCUCAAUCACAUAGUCUCCACCCCGAUUCCCGCCCAAAUAAAGAACCCGCUCCCCCAGCUGCCCCUCUCCUCCUCCACGGCCGGCACGACGACUGCGGCGGCGGAUACGCCCGCGGCCCCUACCCUCCCGACUGUCCUCCACCGCGCCACCAUCCUCCUCUCCGAACCGUCCCAGAACCACCGCCUCCUCUCUCUCGCGCCCCAUUACCACCUUCUUGCCCUCCGCCCCACCACGGAAAAGUCCUUCGCCGCCGCCUGCCAGUCCAUCACCGACAUCCCUCUCAUCUCCCUCGAUCUCUCCCAGCGCCUCCCCUUCCACCUCAGGCACAAGACGUGCGCCGUUGCCGUCACCCGGGGCUUGCGCUUCGAGAUAUCCUACGCCCAGCUCCUCGCCGCUCCAGAUGCCAGAGCCAGGGCCAACUUCAUCGGCAACGUGAUGAGUCUCGUAAGAGCCACCAGAGGCAAGGGUCUCGUGAUAUCCAGUGGUGCCGGGAAACCCAUCGACCUCCGUGCUCCUAUGGACGUCGUGAACCUUCUCAGCGUCUGGGGCCUCGCGUCCGAGAAGGGUGUCGAAGCCAUGGGCCCGGGCCCGAGGGGCAUCAUUGUGAACGAGGGGAUCAAGAGGUCCGGGUAUAGGGGCGUUAUUGACAUCGUCAAGGCCGCCCCUGCCCCGCCUGAGGAGAUGAAAGCGUCCAGGGAGGCUGCAACUGACGGUAAAGGAAAUGGGACCAACGGUUCCAAACCCGGAGGGAAGGACAAAAAGGGCCAAAAGAGGAAGAAUGCGCAAGAACCCCCAAGUGACGGGAACCGCCCCGGCAAAAAGUGGAAAGGCGGCCAGAAGCCCAAGUAA